AUGGACGAGGCCGAAUGGAGGAGAGCAUACGUGAUCUUGACCUUCUUCACGCAUGCCUAUGUUUGGGGUGGAGAAAAGGCCGAGGAGAUUCUGCCCCCCUCAGUCUCGAUCCCCCUCUUGGCGGUUUCCAGGCAUUUGGAAGUUCCCCCGGUUGCCACCUACGCUGGCCUCAAUCUGUGGAACUUCUUGUCGACUACGGACGAUUUCACCGAUCUCGAAUCAUUGGAAUCCCUUCACACUUUUACCGGUACUAAGGACGAGGCUUGGUUCUACCUAGUCUCGGUAGCUAUGGAGGCACAAGGCGCUCGCAUUAUGACAGAUAUGUUGAACGCUCUGGAAUCAAUCAAGACAAGAGACUACGCCACAAUCACUAAGGCUCUCGAGGGCUUGUCUGAAAAUAUCCGAAAGAUCGGUGCUCUGUUGGAGCGCAUGUACGAACACUGCGAUCCGAUGGUUUUCUUCUAUGAAAUCCGUCCAUACCUUGCCGGCAGCAAGAACAUGGCAGCAGCUGGGCUACCGAAUGGCGUGUUCUAUGACGAAGGAGACGGUCGUGGUAGCUGGCAACAACUCAGAGGUGGCAGUAACGGCCAAAGCUCUCUCAUCCAGUUUCUCGAUAUUGUCAUGGGUGUGGAACACAAGUCGGAAGGCAACAGCAACCCUCACGCGAGUAAGACCGCACCCGCUCAGAAGGGUACACCCGCAUUCCACGAGGAAGUUCGUGACUAUAUGCCGGGACCUCACAAACGGUUCUUGGAGUAUGUCACUCGCAUGGGUAGCAUCCGCGAGUUCGCCAAGCUCCCUGCGUCCACGCCGCAGCAGGAGAGAUUUCGCGACGCAUACCAGAACGCGACAAAGACCAUGACGGAGUUCAGAAACAAGCAUUUGCAGAUCGUCACACGGUACAUUGUUCUGCCAUCCAAGAAGGCUUACACUGCCGCCAAGGUCGACUUGGCCAGUGCUUCUGCUAGCAAGGAUGACCAACUUACGGGGACGGGCGGCACAGCAUUGAUGCCGUUUUUGAAGCAAACGAGGGACGAGACCUUGCGGGCAGGGCAGCUGGAUCAAGGACGGAAGAAGUGA